AUGCAUAAUCUUAUAGCCAGAUUUGCCUCCCGGCCAAUCUACGCGAUUGCGCUGUCAGUCUUUACAAUUCUCGGUCUCUUCUACCUAUGGCGUGACUCCCCCGACCCCCAGAUCACCCUCGUGAAAACCGGUCCGCUCGGAGAUGCCUCCCCCAGAGGUAGUCACCCCAUUGAUGCUUUGAUUGAAACUGCAGAGGCCGAACUGGAAGGUUUGUUGGCAAACGAGUCCGGCGACCUGGCAUCCGCGGCCAAUCGGUACCGAUCACGCCAUGGGCGUCAUCCUCCGCCCGGAUUUGCGGAGUGGUUUAAAUUUGCGAAGUCGAAAAAUGCCCUAAUCAUCGAGGAAUUUUUCGACCAAAUAUACCAUGACCUCUCCCCGUACUGGGCCAUCGAACCGAAGGAAUUGCGCCGGCAAACGAGAAGCGUCCCCACCCGCAUUGUUCUCCGCGACAAAGUUGCGAAAAUAGUCACCGACGAACAGAGACCUUGGAUGGAUAUCUGGCACAGUUUGGUCGAAACACUUCAAGAUCGCCUUCCGGAUCUCGACAUGCCGAUAAAUGUUAUGGAUGAGACCCGUCUUGUUGUUCCCUGGGAGACAAUCAACGAGUACAUGGAUAAGGAGAGAUCGAGUAAGGCCAUCUUGGACGCAAAGGAUGUCGUAUCCGAGUAUAUGUCUCUGUCAAAGUGGGAUAAAGAGACGCUGGAACCCUUCGACCCCGAAUUCGGAGUUCCUGGCGAAGGGGGAUAUUGGUCUAUGGCCCGUGUUGGCUGUCCGGAAGGCAGCCCAGCGCGAAAUAGCGACAUCGCCCGUAUCAACUUUACCACCCCUCCCUGGGAGUUUGAAAACUUCAACAGAAUUUCAUACCACGGCUAUGUCUCAAAUUUCACCUUGGCUAAAGAUGCCUGUGUGCGCCCGGAGCUUCAGGCGUUACAUGGCACCUUCAUUGCGCCGGUGUCAGUGUCGACCUCGCACAAGCUGCUCCCACUGUUCGGUGGGUCCAAGCUACCUAUGAAUAACGAGAUCCUGCUUCCCCCAGCAAUGUAUUGGGCCGACAACGACUUUUACUCCGGAGGAGAAAAGAACCACGGCGGAGCCUGGGAAAAGAAAUAUGACAAGAUUGUAUGGCGCGGUGCUGCCACUGGAGGCCACACCCACGAAGACAACUGGUUCGGCUUCCAAAGACAUCGAUUCCUGUCAAUGAUGAAUACAACCUCAGUGCAAAAGGCCGAGGAAGACGGAUACCACGGAGCGAACUUCAAACUCCCCAACUACAAAGACUACGGAUUCAGCCCGAACGUCUCUCUCACACAGCUCCUUGACGGACGCACCGAAACGGGCUUCAUGCAUCUGUUCUGUUCGGACCCGCACUGUCCCUACAUGGAUACAUAUUACGAAACGAUGCCUGGGAUUCCCAUGAAGACGAUGUAUAACUACAAGUACAUGCCCGAUCUGGAUGGAAACUCCUUCAGCGGCCGGUAUCGAGGCUUCCUGCUCUCCACUUCUCUCCCUAUUAAAUCGACGAUCUAUAAUGAAUGGCAUGACACACGUCUCAUUCCAUGGGUGCACUUCGUUCCGAUGGAUAUUACCUACUUGGACGUAUAUGGACUCAUGGACUAUUUCCUUAAUGGCCAUGAUGAUGUCGCUCGCAAGAUCGCUCUUGCUGGCAAGAGCUGGGGUGAGAAGGUCCUUCGAAGAGAGGAUAUGCAGAUUUACGUCUAUCGACUGCUUCUGGAGUAUGCUCGGGUUUGCGAUGACCGGAGGGAAUUCCUUGGAUACGCCGAUGACCUCAAGGUGCAGUGA